CUGGAACUUCACAGCCUGCGGAAAAGCCCUUUGCUAUCUACAAACAUGAAUCUAUUUCUGUUCAGUUUUUUGCUGUUUCCCAUCUUUCUAACAAGUGUCGUAAACAGCUAUUACGUACGUAUGCCUCAUGACGAGUGUACCCAGCGCCAGUGUGUAACACAGUGUCUGAAUGCGGCUGGAGAAUACACAGCUGGAGAAUGUGUACGAAAGGCUUGGUUUUUUGAUAAAAUUCUAGUGUGCAAAUGCUUUGCUUUUUAUAGAAAGUAAGACAUUCAACAUGUAUGCCUACAAAGCACACUUACGAAUGUCUCCUGCUUUGCUUAUGAAUGUUUCAAUUUUUUGCACAAUAAAGCAGUUACUUCAAGAUGGAA